AUGGGUAUACGUAAAGAGUUGCACUUGCAGAAAAAAGGUGCAACUUAUUUGAUGCCGAUUGCAAAGUACACCUUGACAAGAGAUGAGAGGAAAAGUUUAUGUGAAUGGCUCAAAGUUGUUAAGCUUCCCGAUGGAUAUGCAUCUAACAUCAGUUGGUGUGUGAACAAGUUGCCUGGUAAAAUUUCCAGUAUGAAAAGUCACGAUUGUCAUGUCUUCUUACUAUGCUUACUUUCUGUUGCAAUUCAGAAAUUUUUAACACUUCAAAUACAGACAACUUUGACAGAGUUGAGUACUUUUUUUAACCAGUUGUGCGCACGAACAUUGAAAGUAGAUGUGUUGAAACAAAUGAAGGAAGACAUUAUUAUGAUUCUAUGCAAGUUGAAAAAGAUAUUUCCGCCAUCAUAUUUUGAUGUUAUGAUCCAUCUAGCAAUUCAUUUACCUCGGGAGGCUAAGCUUACUGGUCCAGUACAAUUUUGUUGGAUGUAUCCGAUUGAAAGGACACUCGAAAAAUAUAAGAAGGGGAUUGAGACAAGAUGGAACAGUGAAGAGAGAAAUGUUGACAGUGGGGUGGAAGGAACUAAACAACGCUUGGAUGUGUUCUCUCAACGAGUUCUGCCAUUUGGAGCAACAUCAACUGUAAUACUAGAUCAUAAUGAGUUUGCUAAGGCACAGUGGUAUUUACUUAACAACUGUAAUGAUACGGCUUCAUACAUGGAGAGUAAUGCAGAGAAAGUCUCAAAACAAUUAUAUCAUCUUGCAUGCGGGCCUGAUCAUCAGACUCGUACUACAGAGAACUGUGGUGUUGCUGUAAAAGGUGAGCACGACAUGUCGAUGAUUGAGUACUACGGUGAGUCGAAGAGAAUUUUGGAGUUGCGUUACCCUGGCCCAAAUACCGUGUAUUUAUUUGAGUGUGAUUGGUGGAACAUUGGGAAUUCAAUAGGAAUACGAACAGACCAAGGCUUCACGAGUGUGAAUACGGGUCGUAAAUGGUAUGAGUCUGAUCCGUUCAUCUUAGCAUGCCAAGCUGUGCAAGUGUUUUACUUGGAUGAUCCCAAACUUGGUGGUAAUUGGAAAGUGGUGCAAAAGCUGAUCAAUAGGAACAUAUACGACAUUCUAAGAGUACAAGAGGGAGAUAACGAAGAAGAUGACCAAGGUAUUAGAGAUGAUACAUACCAGGAAGAUGAAUGUGUUGGGGGUAAUGUUGUCCAUGUUGACGACGGAAAUAAUGAAGAAUACACUCAAUUACGCAAAGAUGAUGUGUCAAUAGCAAUUGAUAGAUUAUACGUGCAACUUGAUGGAUUAUAG